GCUUCCCGCCGCCCGGACCGGCCAGCUGCUGCGUGCGUGCGUGCGUCGCUGCGUGCGUGCGUGCGUGCGUGAGCUCGCCGGGCACCGCGGCCUCGCCCUCCGCCCCUCCGCCUGCACCGCGUAGGCCUCCCCCCCACCGCGCGCCCCGCCGACGACCCCCGCCCGCACCGCCGGCCCGCCUCGCGGUAGAAUUUAAAGGGGCGCGGCAUUUCCGCUCUGCUCAGGUGACCUCUCGGGGUUCCCCCCGCCAAAGGUGCCCCGCCACCGAGGAACAUGGCGAAGGUGGAGCAGGUCCUGAACCUCGAACCGCAGCACGAGCUCAAGUUCCGAGGUCCUUUCACGGAUGUCGUCACCACCAACCUGAAGCUUGGCAACCCAACAGAUCGUAAUGUGUGCUUUAAAGUGAAGACCACAGCACCACGUAGGUACUGUGUGCGGCCCAACAGUGGGAUCAUUGACGCGGGGGCCUCAAUCAAUGUAUCUGUGAUGUUACAGCCUUUCGAUUAUGAUCCCAAUGAGAAAAGUAAACACAAGUUUAUGGUUCAGUCUAUGUUUGCUCCAGCUGACACUUCUGAUAUGGAAGCAGUAUGGAAGGAGGCAAAACCGGAAGACCUUAUGGAUUCAAAACUUAGAUGUGUGUUUGAAUUGCCAGCAGAAAAUGAUAAACCACAUGAUGUAGAAAUAAAUAAAAUUAUAUCUACAACUGCAUCAAAGACAGAAGCACCGUCAGUGUCUAAGUCCCUGACCUCAUCUCUGGACGACACUGAAGUGAAGAAGGUGAUGGAGGAAUGCAAGCGGCUGCAAGGGGAGGUGCAGAGGCUCCGGGAGGAGAACAGGCAGUUCAAGGAGGAAGAUGGACUUCGGAUGAGGAAGACGGCGCAGAGCCACGGCCCCAUCGCGGCGCUCGCUGCCGCGGGGAAGGAGGAGGGCCUCAGCACCCGGCUACUGGCCCUGGUGGUUUUGUUCUUUAUUGUUGGUGUCAUUAUAGGGAAGAUUGCCUUGUAAAGGCAGCAUGCAAAGGAUGGCAAAUUGGAUUGAGGGAUCCACUGUAUCAUGGGAUUUAAAUUUAUCAUAACCAUGUGUAAAAAGAAAUUAACGUAUGAUGACAUCUCACAGGUCUUGCCUUUAAAUUCACCCCUCCCUGCGCGCGCCCACACACACACAUGUACACACAAAUAUAAUAUAACAAUCUUUUAGAAAGUUAAAAAUGUAUAGUAAGUGAUUGAGGGGAAAUGAAUGAUCUCUGUUAAUGACAAGGGAAUCCGUGAUUGAGGCCACGGGGCGGACUGUAACUCGUUGGAAACUGCUAGGCCUUGGUCCGUGCUGCUGGAUACCUCUUAGCACAGGACACUUCCUCGCCUGCGGGAGCCGGAGCACAGUGCAGUGGGAGGUGCGGCUGUGUCCGCAGCUCCCCCUCGCGGCCCACUCCCAGCCAGACCGCUUUUCCACGUCUCCAGCCCUGUCCAAGCCCUCGGCUCCCUGGGACUGGUGAAGAGCCGCAGAAGCGAGAGCAUGCAGCAGGUGCCUGUCCGGAGCCCAGCCCGCGUACCCCGCGCUGUGGAACUCAAGAGUCCGUGCUUUGUUCUCUUGAAGGGACCAAGCCAAAUGGCCUGUUGGUUCAUGUAAUGAGACUGAACUGCGGUGUGAGAUGUUUAAUGCAUAUUUAACUUAUUUAAUGUAUUUCAUCUCAUGUUUCUGUCACGAGAGUGCUGUGAGUGCUGCGGCCUACGGUCCCGUGCUGUGGGGCCCCAGCGGGUGGGCUGGCGCUCUCCCUCUGGAGGCUCCGGGUGCCGGGGGUGGUCACCCACCUGCCAGUGUUCCUGGUGGCAGUGGGAGCCGUCUAGAGUGGGAAAUUGUUCGCAGUGACAGUCAACUCUGAGUCACCUGUUUGAGUGGAGAAGAGCAGCCGGUCUUGUAGUUUGUCGAGCACCUUGCAGCCACCACUCGUGGUUCCUUCCCGGGCCCAGGCCUGUCCUGACUGCCUGCUGGAGCUGGGGGAGUCAGGGCAGCUGAGUUGGGCUGCAGAGCGAGGGUGCCAGCAGACGGGGUGGGGCGGGGCGGGAGGGCCCCUCAGCUAAUCCAUCUAGUGGUAAUGGAGAGUCUGACUGUGAAUUAAUUUUAUGCCAUAAAAGACCAAUCCAAUUCUGUUCAACUAUGUAGCAUCUUAAAAAGAAAAAAUAAAAUGCCAAAAUUAAGAA